GGGGGACGAACGCUGGCCUGUGAGACGAACGGCGCCGAGGACCGCCAUGACCCCUUUGGUGACCCCGAAGAAACCCCCGCCUUCACCUGGAUUGCUUGUUAAUGGCAUCUACAGGAUGAUUGACAGCGGCUCCUCCUGAUUCCCAGGAUGCCUGUGGUGCCAGUGGGCGGGUCAUCCUCCUCCCACAUCGUACCUGUGUCCCUCACCUGCUCCUGGCUGCUCCUGCUCUUCCACGCUGCCUUUGGUCAGAAACCUGCCAAACUUCCUCUGAUUGGCCGGAAGCCCUUCAUCGCUGCCUGGAAUGCUCCUUUGGACAUGUGCACCAUUAAAUACAACAUCACCGCCAACCUCGACCGCCUCUUCCACAUCCACGGGAGCCCACGUGCUGAUUGGACAGGACAGAACGUCACCAUCUUCUACGCCAACCGCCUGGGCUACUACCCUUACUACACACCACAGGGAGCGGCCGUGCAUGGCGGCGUGCCACAGAACUGCAGCCUGGAACUGCACCUGUUCAAGGCCUACCAGGACAUCAACCACUUCAUCCCUGCAGAGGACUUUCGAGGCCUGGCUGUCAUCGACUGGGAGUUCUGGCGACCUCAGUGGAACCGCAACUGGCACAAGAAGGACAUCUAUCGCCGAAAAUCGAGGGAACUGACCAGCAAGGCUUACUUUAAUGUGACGGCAGCGCAGGUGGAAGAGCUGGCACGGCGGCGGUUUGAAAAGAGCGCCAAAGCGUUCAUGCAGAGGACUAUCCAGUUGGGGACACGCCUUCGCCCCAAUGGCCUCUGGGGUUUCUACCUCUACCCUGACUGUCACAAUUACAACCUGCAUGAGCAGAACUACACAGGCUUCUGCCCCCUGUUGGAGAGAAUGAGAAACGACGAGCUGCUGUGGCUGUGGAACAGCAGCACGGCGCUGUACCCCUCGGUGGCCAUCAGGAAGAGUCACACAAACAGCAUCAGUAACCUGCACUUUUCCCAACACAGGAUCCGGGAGUCACUGCGAGUCGCAUCACUAACUUCUAAAGAAUACGACCUCCCCACCUACGUGUACCUGCGGAUGGGCUACAGGGACGAGGCCCUGGCCUUCCUCACCAACAAAGACUUGGUCCACACCAUUGGAGAGAGUGCUGCUCUUGGUGCAGCAGGAUUUGUUAUCUGGGGUGACUUGAACCUGACCUCAUCCAGGCACAACUGCACUAAGGUGAAGUUCUUCCUCAGUCACCGCCUCGGUCAGUACAUUACUAAUGUGACACGAGCUGCUGAAGUCUGCAGUGAGUACCUGUGCCAAGGGAACGGCCGCUGCGUCCGCCGGAACCCCCGCGCUCGCCAUUACCUUCACCUGAACUCCAACAGCUACCAAAUCAAACCCUCUGGUGACGGCGACUUCACCGUCAGCGGGUGGCACUCGCAACACGACCUGCAACUGCUGAAUGAGAGGUUUCGCUGCCACUGCUACGAAGGCCACGAAGGAGAACAGUGUGACAGCAUCAACAAAGUGAAAGAGGACGACAGACAGUGGAAGGAGGACGAGGAAGACGAGCAGGAGAGGAAGAGGACAGCGUGGGAGGAUGAGCAGGGUGACCGAUGGGAGGCCGGGGAGCGUUCGUCUGCACCGACCGGCUGCAGCCACCGGCUCAUGGUGCUGAUGGUCCUCUUAUACCUACUGUUAGUAAAGACAGUCAUAUGAUGCGUUCUGAUUCCAGGUUGGAUCCUGUCAACACAGAUGAUCACAGAUGUUACUUUUCAACACAAAGUUUAAUGUGUUUCAGCUUCGGUGGGUUUUUCUUCCGUAAAAGCAGAUGCAUGGCAGGUCCAAAGUGAUAUGACGCAGAAAUGUGAGAGAUUUGUGUGCAGACAUUUCUCACUGUGCAGAAGGGGUUGGACGACUUAGAAGUUUUUAAGACUAGAAAAUAAUGGACGGAAGACAGAUUGAGUCGACUAUUGUAUCACUGAAAAAUAAAUACAGCACAAAACACAUUUUUUUGCUUGAAUUAAGGAAAAAAAAAAUCAUGAAUUAAGCAAAAAAA